AUGGCACCACCAGACCCCUUUCGUUGGACAUAUACCGACUACGUCUGUUUCCUGCGAAGCCAUGGCUUUCACAACCUUGCCUGUCUUGACGAAUACCUUCAGUGGGGAGUAGAAGCCAGUCGAAACCCCAGUGCCCAACGACCUCAGCAUUCAACAGCGAUUCUGCUCGAAUUUGGAACGACAAGUUUUAGAACAUCAGACCUCUCAGACACCACAAAAUUGAGGGUACUGUUGAAGGAAUGGACCAAAAAACCCGCAACUGCUCCAGCUCUACCGACAUCCGGUGUUCAGGGCCGCAUCAUCAUGGUCAACAACAUCAGUCCUGAGGUGGUAGAUAGUCUGGGAGGACUGCUCAACAUCGAGCCGGCAUUUUUCGCCUCGCAUCUUGCUGACCAUGGCAUUGGAAGCGCCGGGGAGGUCAGCACGGUAUCUCCGCUCGCGUCUCAAAAUCUACGCCACCAGAAACAGUUCUUCACGAUCGAAUACCCUUGUGCAUUUGUUGCCGCGAAUUGCGGAAAGGAUGUCGACAUCGACAAGCUCUACUGCAAGGGAAACUAUCGUCGGAGGGUGGAGGUAUGUUCGAAGCACGGUAAACAAAAAGUUGCUCUCGCCCGUCGGAAGAUUUCAUUCUACAUGAAGACGACUCUCGAUCCGUGGGUAUGUGUUGUCCUCGUCGAUCCACCAAUCUCAUACUUCACACUCGGACUCGAAUCGACGUUUGGAGCGUACUCCCCUACGCAACGUCUUGAUGUAACGGGCUAUCAUGGAGGCUAUCUGGAUUUUAUCGAACACCGACGACCUCCAAGCAAAGAUGGGCAUGACUUCCGCGAAUGUGGAGCAAGGCCCAUGUGUCCCAAUCCAUUCGACGAUCUAUGUCGACACUGGCAGAUCAUGGCCCGGGACGGCCUGAUCAAUCCGUCGGGCCGAAACUUGCUCAACAUCAUGAAACCGGCCUUCCAGAUCGCAGCAAGUGAAUGCAGCAACUUCUUCGACUACAUACGCGCCACACUCGAGACCCAACCCAUUUCGACAUCCCUCACAGCCGACCCGCCGAAGACGAAGAGGACGCUCGACAAAUGCAUCUCCCUCGACUCGAUGCUUAGUCGGUAUAAGCCCAUCCUCACACGCAUCAAAUCCUUCGUGGGCGCGGAUGCGGACCUGAAUGAGGACUACCGCAGUCUUCUGAUCGACUUACACCACUACCGUGCCGAGUGCGACUCACAGAUGCAGCAUAUCCUCGCCGUCUCGCAAUGUCAAGACACCACGUCUCUUACCUCGAUCAACGGCGAAUCUGUCCGCCAGGCCGACUAUUCGCGGUACUUGACAAUCAUCGCCCUAAUCUAUGCACCGUUUGCGCUCGCCUGCGCCAUUUUCAGCAUGCCACAUGACUUCGCACCUGCCGCGCACUAUUUAUACGGCUUUUUGCCCGCCACAGCUGGGGUGACUUUGGUAUUUUUGUUGCUUGUUUUACCAGAGGCUAGAGAUCCCUUGCCGAGCCUCAAGUCGGCCUUUUGUGGCAAGUUGACGAGGAAGAAGUUGCUCGCAAAACCGAGCAGUCGCAGCAUGCCGUCUAUGGUGAACGAGAAGAGAUAUACUGAAGACGUUUGA